AUGGAUUCCUUCACAGCCAUCUUUGUCUCGAAGAAGAAAGAGAACGAGGCAGACACUAGCGUCCCCGUAUCUUAUGAUGACGGCAACGGCGGGAGUGGCACGUAUUGUGUCAUCACUUAG